AUGGCUGGGAAGAAAGCUCAUCCCAUCAAACGGGAUUGGUACUGGAAUCACAAUGACCGCUUUGAGAUUUGGCAUAGUCUUGACUGGCCUUCUGUUCGUCGUGGGCGCCAGAUCUACACGGAGGUCUUUGCUCCAUGUCAUCCUUUGGGCCGCAUGACUUUCACUCAUUUUCAGGGGUUCAUGACACGCGAGGAAAUCAAAAAGCUGGCAUCGCAAUAUGAGGUGAUCGAUUCCGAGCCCGAUGCCGAGGGGAUGUUGAACCCGCGCCCGGGCAAACCAACAGACACGCUUCCUAUACCCUUUCCAAACCAGCGUGCCGCCCAAUUCGCGAAUAACGGUUCGGAGCCGCCGGAUUUGCAGCAUUCUGUCUUUGGCAAGGAGGGCGGACCAGACUACAUCUUUUCCCUCAUCACGGGCUACAACUGGGGCAACGGCGAGCUCUUGGAUGUCCCUCCGUUCGCCCCGGAACUGAAGCCCGGGCAGUUCUGGAAUCCCUACUUCAAGGACUGUGUUCUCUCCAUGCCGCCCCCGCUGUCGGACGGCAUGGUAGACUACGAGGAUGGCACUCCGGCGACGACAAGUCAAAUGGCAAAGGAUGUGGUGAACUUCCUGCGCUGGUCUGCUGAAUCCGAGUACGAUGACCGGCGUGUCAUGUUCUGGAAGGCAUUCACAACGCUCGGACUUGUGAAUUGUAUUCUUUUGCACUACGGUCAGAAGAACACUAACUGGCGUAUUUACGGCCGCACAACAUUCCGCUACUGGAAAAAGACGUGGUAA